AUGGCCCCCCAGGGGAGGGGGAUGACCAGGGUCAGCGGUGGGGACGCAGGCACCCGCAGCCCGCCAUUUGCCCCCAUUCAGCGCCGGCGGUCAUUGUUGCUUCCCACUGACCAGCUGCCUGCAAUCCCCCGACCGAAAGCAAAACGGUCAGGGGAACGGCAUGGUUUGCCAGCCAACGAAAAUAUAAAAGGGCAGCAGCGAGUGGGAGAGCCGGCACUGCCGCCUGCCCCGCAGGCUGACCCUGCUCCCAGCCACAGCCGAGCAUCCUUGUCUCAGCAAGCGCGGCCAAGCGGGAAGCCGGGUGGUGACAAACCCAUCCACUGGCAUCUGGAGAAAGAUUUUGUGAGAAGUCAGAAGAACCAUACGCUAAUUUUCACCAAGGAAAACACAAUUCGCAACUGCAGCUGCUCAGUGGAUAUCCGUGACUGCGACUACUGCCUGGCAAACUUGAUGUGCAAUUGCAAAACAGUGCUGCCUUCUACCAUGGAAAAAACUACCUACAAGAGCCACCUCACCAUUUGGUUCACAGACACCUCUGUGCUGGAGAUGCUCCUCAACUUCACAAGGGUGUGGGAUUUGAAGCUGUCCUUCUGUGGCACCACUCCUCUCCCAACAGAAUACUUGGCCAUUUGGGGACUUCAAAAGCUGCGGGUAAAAAAGGUCAAGGGGCUGUUUCCAGAGCAGAGUGUAACCAUCUACAGCAGCAGCAACAAUGAAAAAGAAAACUCACUCGCAAUGCACAACAAAGACAGGCAAAUGCUUGCACAUAUUUCUUUUCUGGAUACCUCUCUUUUCAAUGGCUAUUCUUUGCUAAAGUCGUACAGUGUGGAAAACGUCUCUAGUAUCAUGGAGCACUUUCCCAGCCUGCUGUACUCUGAUGUUUCCUCAACCUCAGAUAACAAGAGCUAUGUUGUAACAUUCAUUUACUGAGUUAUUUGACAUAUUCAGUAGUCAGAGGCAUGUUAGACUGCUAAGAGACUGACAAGACUUCUGUCUGGUUUGGCCAGGAGGAGCUGUUAGGCGAUGAACAGUUCUGAAUGUGACAGCACUCUACAAGGAGGUGUUUUAAGACAGACAGACUCAGACUGAUUCAGUAAAAGCCUUCUUAAAGAACAAAGAAAAUGUGAAAUGACUGUUUUAGGAAGCAUUGGUACAAAUUCUUUCUAUAUAUUGUAAGCUAAGAAUUGGUAUCUACAGACAAGUUUUGUUUUAAGGUUGCGCCUCAGAAAGAAAAAGACAUAACCAUGUAUCUCCAGUUGUAAAGGAAUCUGAGCCUCCCAGAGAGUCACUGGGGUUAGAUGGCAGCUCAGGAGGUCUCUAGUACAACCCCCUGCCCCAAGGAGGGUCACCUCUGGGAUCAGGCUUCUCAGGGGGUUCUGCAGUCAAGUCCCAAAACCCAAGGAUGGAGCCUGCACAAUCUCAUUAGGCAACCUGCUCCACUGCCUGCCCAUCCUCUUGGGGAAACCUUUUUCCAUGGAUGGACCCCAGCUUCCUCUUCUUCAGGCUGAUCAAGCCCAGACUGUUCUCACUGUCAUAUGCACCAGUCCCAGACUGACCAUCUUGAUGCCUCUCCAUUGGACUGCUUCUGCUGAUCCAUAUCGUUCUUGCACUGGGAGGGGCAGAACUGCCUGCAGUACUCUGUAUGGUGUACACUCUAAUGAGUGCUGGGACAAGGGAAAUAAUCCCUUCCUUCUGCCUACUGGCCAUGCCCCUGUUGAUACAGCCCACUGCUGGCAGGUUCAAUGUGUGUGAGGUGGCUACAGGUUACUCAAACUAGGAGUGCAGAGGUGUCCUUGCCCUCUGGUACUUGGUCAGAGCUGGGAAGCCUCUACUGGGGCUGCAUGACACAGCCUCUUGUGAAAGCAGGGACGGGCUAUGCAGACACCCUCCAACCUCAGCACCCAGUAAAGGCAUGUUUAGAGGAUGACCAGGAAGCUGUGUUCUUUGCCAAGCCAUGGCAAAGAAAGCAUGGGAAAGCACUGGGCAGGAGGCCACCCGACAGGUGAGACGCCAUGCUCACAAAGGUGUUUUUCCCAGGGAAAUGGGGUGUGCUGACACCUGCAAUUUCCCCAAAUGCCAGGAGCUUGACUUCAUCUUCUGUGAUAAUGGCAAGCUCUGCCAAUGUUCUCCUCUACAAGAAAGCAGAAAGAUCCCAUCCAAUGACUUGUCUGAUAAGGGAGGCGAGGCUUCUGGCAGACAUGUAGCAAACAAUUUUUAGAUGCAUUGCAGGAAACAUAUGCUGGGACUAUUGAUGUACCACACAGUCUGCUCCUUGCCCAUUUCUGCAGCAUUUGCAUUCCAUGAGGUACAAAUACAGGAACCAUCCGUAUAGUAUAAUACAGGCCUUGGAAUACCAAGUCCUAACAGUCUGCCAUUGCCAGCAAAGAAUUACAUGAAAUUGGGAUAAAAUAUGUACUGAGGGGAAUGGCUAUCAAGAUUUCGAGGAACCAAUGAAGUUCCUUCAACACCUUUAAAGAGGGACUUCUUUUCUAACUGCAAUCAAUGUCACAGCAGUUUUGCCAGGAAGCAAAACUUAAUCUUCCAGAAUACUUAAAUACAUGCACACCUUCCAUUACUGUGAGUUCUCUCACUCAACUCAACCAUGUGGUAACUACUGAAUUAAUGGAGUUUAUUUGCAACUGCAAGUUAACAGAUUUAAGCACAUGAGUGUUUGAAGGCUGGGGACUGAACUCAGUUUAACUCAACCAGACAACUAUUAAAUCAGCUGUUGUAAAG